AUCAGAUUCUCAUUUAGUGUCUUUUUUAGAGUUUUUUUAGAGUUCUAUAAGUGUUUCUUCUGAUUGAACAUCGUGGUUUCAUUUGUUCUCUUUGUCGAAUUUGUUAGUUUACUUUGUUGUUUGGUUUGUGUUCGCCAUGAAUUCGAUUCAUCAUUUGCAAACUUUAAUGCCCAAAAUGCAGCCCAAGAGUCGCAAACCUCUUUGCGCUCGGUGUCGAAACCAUGGACUUGAGGUUCCUAAAAAAGGCCACAAGAGGUACUGCCUUUAUCGAGAGUGCAAUUGCCGAAAUUGUUGCUUGAUCGUUGAACGGCAAAGGAUUAUGGCCGCUCAAGUUGCCCUGCGAAGGCAACAAGCCCAAGAUAAACAAUUUGGUCUCCCGGACAGAUCGAUCGUCAUGGAAGAUCGUGGUGGACGUUAUUAUUAUGAUGAUUGUUUAUUCUGUCAAACUCCAUCGAAUAAUUCUAAUCCAUUCACAAUAGAAUCUCUAAUAAUGAAUGAUAACAUUGGAUUAGUUCAUAAAUGUUCAUUACAAAAGUCUAAUGAACAUCAUUCAUUUGAAGUGAAAAAUAAGCAAAAACUUGAGGGGCAAUGCAAUGCUCUAGAUUUAACCUCAUCUAAAUCAAUGUGUCUCCAUGAUAGGGGAGAGAUUAAUCUGUCAAUGAUUAAAUUUAUAAGAAUUUUAGAUGAAGUUGCUGAUACCAAGAUGAUUCACAUUGAAGGUGAAUAUGGUGGAGAUAAGGUUGUCCUAACCCUUGAGAAGACACCAUUUCAUAAAGACACCGUUGAGAAAAUAUUAUCUUCCACCGAUAAAUCAUUGAAAAAAGAUUUCACCAAUGAUAUUUACGGUACUUACAGGGCUUAUCCACAAGCCGAACUCAAUGGUAUCAGAGUUACCAUUAUCCAUCCAGCUACUGAUCUUCACAUUUCCAAAUACUCUGCUCAAAGUUUCUUCAUGAUCCAAGAAACACCCGAGGAUUACAAGAAUAUCACCUUACCCUACAUUGAAUCUCAGUCUUUCUCCUUGGAUUGGGUUUACAAUGUUUUGGACCAUUCAAGUGAAGCGAGAAUCAUUUUCGAGGACAAUGAUGAAGAAGGUUUCAUCUUAGCUCCCGACUCCAAAUGGGCUGACCAACAAGAUGGAACUUCUAACAUGCAUUGUUUGGCCAUUGUCACCAAGAAGGGAAUCAAAUCACUGAGAGAUUUAACCUCGGCCCAUUUAACUUUGCUCACCAACAUCAGGGACAAGGGAAGUCAAGCCAUGAAUGAGAGAUAUGGAAUCAAGGGGAAUCAGCUUCGUAUUUAUAUCCAUUAUCAACCUUCAUUCUAUCAUUUUCAUGUACACUUUGAACCACUUUCAUAUCGAAGCUCAUCCAUUGAAAGAUGCCACCUAAUUGAUCAUGUCAUUGACAAUUUAACUUUAAUUGGUGAUUACUAUCAAAAGGCAACCCUUACUUUUCCCGUUAAAGAAAACAGUGGCCUCCACCUAAAGUACCAAGAGCUCAAGUCAUUGGCUUGAAUUCUUUUCUUUCAAUUUACCGCCAUCACGAAAAUGGCAAAUUCUCCACUAGAUGGAGCCACUUGUUCGAAUAUUAUGAUUUGUUUAUAUUUUUCAUUUUCUUUUAAAGUUUCA